UAUUUGUUUAUUUAAUGUGUUUAUAUGAUGAGCAAAGGGACUUCAUUUAGUUCUUGGGGCAAUGUAUAGUGUAAAGGCAGGACUUUGUCACCAUAGCAGUUUAACAUGAUGAAGGAUGUAGAAACCAUUGUGAUGUUACCUUGUUUGCUAAUUGAAACUCAAGGUAGAGUCUCCUUCUGGCAAAGCCCAGGAUUGGAAGCAGGAUUAGAUCCAUUGCUUGGGAAGCAGAGAUGUUGGCUGACUUGUAGGACUUGCUUGAAACCAGAGUCAUGGUGGAUGUGGGAAAGUGGCCCAUCUUCACUCUGCUGUCCCCUCAAGAGAUUGCCUCGAUCCGGAAGGCGUGCGUCUUUGGCACUUCUGCCAAUGAAGCCUUGUACGUCACUGACAACGAUGAGGUCUUUGUAUUUGGACUGAAUUACAGUAACUGUCUAGGAACUGGAGAUAACCAGAGUACCCUUGUACCCAAGAAACUCGAAGCCUUGUGCGGGAAGAAGAUUAAAAGCCUUAGUUACGGGAGUGGGCCGCACGUUCUUCUCAGCACCGAAGAUGGAGUGGUUUAUGCCUGGGGCCACAAUGGAUACAGCCAGCUGGGGAAUGGGACCACCAACCAAGGCAUUGCUCCCAUCCAAGUCUGUACCAAUCUUUUGAUCAAGCAAGUGGUUGAAGUAGCCUGUGGCUCACAUCAUUCAAUGGUUCUGGCAGCUGAUGGAGAGGUAUUUGCCUGGGGCUACAACAACUGUGGCCAGGUGGGGUCAGGGUCCACAGCCAAUCAGCCAACUCCUCGCAAAGUCACCAACUGUUUGCACAUCAAGCGGGUAGUUGGCAUUGCCUGUGGUCAGACUUCCUCCAUGGCUGUCCUGGACAAUGGAGAGGUGUAUGCUUGGGGCUACAAUGGCAACGGUCAGCUGGGCUUGGGCAACAACGGCAAUCAGCUGACACCUGUGCGUGUGGCAGCUCUGCACAGCGUGUGUGUGAACCAGAUUGUCUGCGGCUAUGCACAUACCCUAGCACUAACAGAUGAGGGCUUGCUCUAUGCCUGGGGAGCUAACACAUAUGGGCAGCUGGGAACUGGCAAUAAAAAUAACCUGCUAAGUCCAGCACACAUCAUGGUGGAGAAGGAAAGGGUAGUGGAGAUCGCAGCCUGCCACUCUGCGCACACGUCCGCCGCCAAGACCCAGGGCGGGCACGUGUACAUGUGGGGCCAGUGCCGGGGCCAGUCGGUGAUCCUGCCUCACCUCACCCACUUCUCCUGCACCGACGACGUCUUCGCCUGCUUCGCCACGCCCGCCGUCUCCUGGCGCCUGCUUUCCGUGGAGCACGAAGACUUUUUAACCGUGGCGGAGUCACUGAAGAAAGAAUUUGAUAGUCCAGAAACUGCUGACCUGAAGUUUCGAAUUGAUGGGAAAUACAUUCAUGUUCAUAAAGCUGUUUUGAAAAUCAGGUGUGAGCACUUUCGAUCCAUGUUCCAGUCUUACUGGAAUGAGGACAUGAAGGAAGUGAUAGAAAUAGACCAGUUCUCUUACCCUGUGUACCGUGCCUUUCUGCAGUACCUCUACACAGACACAGUGGAUCUGCCGCCUGAGGACGCCAUAGGCCUUCUGGAUUUGGCGACGUCUUACUGUGAAAACCGACUGAAGAAGCUUUGUCAGCACAUCAUCAAGCGCGGGAUUACUGUGGAGAACGCCUUCUCCUUAUUCUCUGCUGCGGUCCGAUAUGAUGCGGAGGAUUUAGAAGAAUUCUGCUUUAAGUUUUGCAUCAAUCAUUUGACAGAAGUCACGCAGACUGCAGCAUUUUGGCAAAUGGAUGGCCCCCUGCUAAAGGAGUUCAUUGCUAAAGCCAGUAAAUGUGGAGCCUUUAAGAACUGAAGCGCAAGGCUGCGGGGUUUUGUGUGCGUGCUCAGGGGUGCGGUAGGCGUGGCCGGUUUGUGCUCUUCAGUUGAUGUGAUGCUGCAGGUAAAAACACCAUGAGGUCGUGUUUUCUCCCACCUCUGAGACCUACUUCUCUCUGUAGGGAUUACAGGAAGGAUGCCCAGCUUUCCCUGAGCUGUUAGAAACGUGUAUAUUUUAAAUGCAACCUUUCUUAGAUUCGGGCUGGGACCCUGGGAAAGAGAUUUCCAUUUGCUGUCUCCAUUCUCAGUGUUGGCCAGAGGAACUUCUGAACUUGAAAAGGGACCUUAGUGACAGCAGUCCCAGCUCCUGUAGCAUCCUGGCUUGGAUACCUGGAGAUGUGUUGUGAGGAGAGG